UGAACUUUUCGCUGGAGGCGGCGGCGACGGCGAUGAAGGACGACGACGCCAAGACGCUCGAGGAGGCGCUCUCGUUCCUGGCCGACUGCGAGGCAUCGACCGAGUGGCUGCUGGGAGCGGACGCGGCGCUGGACCUGGAGGACGUGGAAUUCGACGACUGCAUCGGCGAGUUGGACGCGGUGGACCUGGAGUUGCCGACGCUCACGGAGCAGCCGAUCCCUGAGCCUGAGAAUGCAUGCGCCACACAAGAUUCCGUCGUGAAUCUGCCGCUGGGGGUGGCGUCGUCUUCGUUGGCGCCUUCCAGCAGUGCCAUGUCGUCCACUGGUAGCCCCACCUCCUUCACGAGCAGCCCGACUCUGCAGACUCAAAACCCCAAGGGCAAGAAGCUGAAGCAGCCCAGGAAAUAUUCGAACCGUGCUCGAGACGCGCGACGUGAAGAGCUCGUGUACCUGCGGCAGAAAGUGAAGGACCUGCAGCUGCAAUUGGACCAACUGCGCAGCACGCACAAGCCCCAGACAGUGUCGGCGCCGUUUUCGUCCGUUGCGGCUCCUCCGUCCGCGACGGAGCUGAAGGACGCAAAGGCGAAGAGUAGGCUCGCAGCCAUGCGCGCGGCCAAGCUUUCUACUAGCACACCGUCUGCAACUUUCUCCUCGGUUGCGGCUCCUAUGGCGAGCGCUGCAUCACCAGCACACCUGGCCGCCGUGUGGGGCGACAUGGCUCAGCGCCAGGCGCAAGAGCGGCAGAAGGCAGAGCGCGAGAACGUGCGGCUAAAGCUGGUCUUGGAAAAGCAGAUCAAGAUGGCCAAAAGCCUUGAGCGCAUUCUCCGGAAGCGCCAAAAUGAAAGAGUGCUCGGCGGCCCGAGCAAACGCAUUCGACGAGUGUCGCCCGCCCCGGGACCUGAAGCGGCUCGCGAUGAUCGCGCCGACUUUGAUAUGCUGCUGUCUGGGAUCGAUAAAUCUCGCCAGGAGCUCGACGCCGUGUUCGAAGCCAAUGGAUUGGGUCGCAUGGAAACGGCGCAUCGCACAGCAAAGAUCGAGCAUGACGCUACGCGAGGCAUGGUGAUGGAGAUCUACGCGAACAAGGUCAUGCCGUUUGAUAUGCCUACGACGGGCAAGGCCGUGUGGCGCCAUUUUGCGCACUCCAUGGACCACAUGCCGCACCGCACAUACUACGAGAAACAACCGCUGCAUAUUGAGACGAGUGACGAUACCGUCGUCGAGCGCUACGGACUAGAAAUGACGGACGGCCACACGGAUGGGGACUUUCAUGUGAAACACAUUAUUCGGCGAUACGUGGAACACGAUCGGAUUAUUGUCGUUUGGCGCACGAUCACGGACACAGUGGAGUUCUCGGCGGAGCCGACCCCGGGGAUUCGUUUCCUGGAAAAGGGUUACAUCGUGAUCAAGCCCCCCGCUACGGGCCAGGAGGACUGCACGCUGAUGCAGACUUGCUACAUUAUUCGCCCAGAAAUUCACAACCGCAACAGGCCGGAUCUGUCACGCAAGGUCGGAGCACUCACAGACUUUGUGCUAAGUUCUGUGACUGGCAGCAUUAGUGCGAGUCAUCAGAUGAUUGAAAACGUGCUACUAAGUGGAGCGCUCAAGAAGCGGAUCUAG